AAGUGACUCGGACACAAACCGGAAAUCAGCUGAAACGUCUUGUUUUUUCCACUUGCACAUUUUUCACAUCGCUAAAGCGCGACCCAGACGAGGACUCAACAGAUACCGUCCUGCCUUCAUUUAAAUGGCCGGCUGGAGUCACACAACAGAGACGACGCAUUCAGGAAGUUAAAGCGGAGGAUGUGAAGAGAAGAAACGAUGUGCUCCACGGGAACCAACGCGGAGCUGCAACAAGAGACACCCUCCGACCCGGCUCUGGUGCUCGAGCUGAAGACCAGGCGUCCUCCGUCCUUGGAGGGCCGGGCGGGAUGUGAGACCUGGAGCGUGGACUUCUCCCCGGACGGAGCCUGGUUCGCCUGGUCCAUGGGACACGGGAUCGUGUGGGUGGUCGCCUGGCCUCUCGACUCCGAAGACAGUGAGAAUGGAGAGACCAACCGAGAAGACAAGAGCUUCAGUUGUGGUCAUCCAGUGUGGGGCCUCGCCUUCGGGCCCAGACCCCCAAAAUCAGCUGCAUCGGCCCGGCCACCCAAACCAUCAUCAAAAGGAAACAACAACCUGCUCCUGGCCACAGGCUUGGAGAACGGGGUGAUCAAAAUCUGGAACGUGUUAACAGGUGAUGCUGUAUUUGACCUCCACGGCCACGAAGGCGUCGUGAGGGACCUGGUCUUCCCUCAGAACGGGACGCUCACACUCAUAUCGACUUCUCGGGACAAGACUUUGAGGAUUUGGGACCUGGCUCAGAAAGGUAAAAAGGUGCAGGUGCUCUCGGGCCAUAAAGACUGGAUCAGCUGCUGCUGCGUGUCCUCAGACUGCAGCAUGAUUGCGUCUGUCGGCAGAUUUGACCGAAUGGUGUGUCUGUGGAGUCUGCGGUCUUAUACGUUCAUCAGGAACCUGGCUGGAGGGAUCCGCAAGACCUUGUACCUCCUGUCUUCCUGUGACUUCUCUCCCGACGGGGCGCUGCUCGCCACCGCGGCCUUCAGUGGCUCCAGCUGGUGGAUCGACCUCUGGGACCCGUACACCGCACAGAAACUGGCCACUCUGGUAGACUAUUUUGAAGAUUACGGGCAAAACCAAAUCUCAGCAGUACAGUUCUCUCCCAACGGGUUGCACUUGGCGAUGGUGACCGACGACAGAGCUCUCCGGAUCUGGGAGCCGGGGCAGAAAGGGAUGGAGAUGCAGACGAAGGUGGACCGAGAAUCUAAUGGACUCUGCUGCAAAUACCAUCCACAGGGGGGAGUGGUCGCCACAGGAACCAGAGACGGCCACGUGAGGUUCUGGAAGGCGCCCAGGACGGUGCCCAGCCUGUGCCACCUGUGCCGAUCCAUCCUGCGCCACUCGGUCUCCACGCACCAGAUGGAGCCGCUGCCCCUCCCCAAGAGGAUCCUCCAGUACCUCACCUACAGAGACAUCCCCCUCAAGACCUGCCUCAAGACCUGCUGCUCCUCAGACGAAGAGGACUGGGAGGGUUAAAUAGGAACAUUAACACAAUGCAACAACUGACAUUUACAGCGAGUGAUUGUCACGCAUAAUCAUUUUUUUUUUAAAAACGUAUUCCUUUUGUUUGCCGAUUGAGAUGUUUUCACAGCUCAGGAUGCAGCUCUUACAUAAUCUACUAUAGAUGCAGCAUUUCUACAUUAAGGAUUCCAUUUAUUGCACUAAGAUUGUAAGAUGAUGCACAUCAUGUUCACAUGCUUAUUUGACUUGAAUAUCACAAUUUUAUACUAUUAAUUUAUUGUGUAAAUAUCAAAUGUAUACACGUCUAAUUCCUGUGUUUCUCAUAAAACGGCACAUACUACUGCACAUGUUAAUAUACGAUAACAAAAGCUCGACAUAUAGGAAAUACUUUUAUUAAACAGAUUCAAACACA